AUGUCGAACAUAUGGAUUGCAGCCUCAGAUAAUAAAUUAGACAAGGUUAGGGAGUACAUCGAGUCAGGAAGUUAUACUGCAAACUCAAAAGAUCCCAAUGGCUAUACACCCAUGCAUGCUGCCGCAAGUUAUGGUAAUUUAGAUUUACUGAAAUAUCUUGUUUCGCAAGGCGGAGACAUUAAUAUUCAAGAUUCUGACGGCGAUACUCCCUUGCAUCACGUAGAAACUCUGGAAGCAGCCAAAUUCUUGGUUGAGGAGCUUAAAGCUGAUUUUAAAAUUAAGAACAAGGAUGGUUUGACUCCAGCUAAAUAUCAAGAGGAAGAGGAUGAGUAUCCCGAACUUAUUGAAUAUCUGUCGUCUUUGGAAAAGUUAGGCACCUUGCCUGCCAUGAAAACCGGUAUUGAAGUAUCACACAACAGUCCGGAACUUCCAAGCGGUGAACGAGUGAAAAUGUACUUGUCUAAGGAUUACGAGGAAAAUCUCAGUGACGAGCUGAUUCAAAGACGGAAACAGAUCGAGAGUAUUAUGAAUGAUGACCUGAGUGAGGAACAGAAAGAGGAGAAACUGAGGAGUAUAAUUUUAGGAGUGGUAUCAGAUAAUGUUCAUCAAUUAAAAGAGUCAGACGCCCCAGAGUCCAAAAGACAGAGGUAA